AUGCGUAUCUGUCUGGCCUUCCUUAGCCUUCUCGGCCUGGCCUCAGCUGCUUGUCCGUAUGGCGCUGAGCCUGAGAUCAAUGGCCGUUCUGAUGCUUCAGAAAGUCUUGAGCAGCGUGGUGUACAAACCGAUGCAGACUUCCUCGAGCAAUUCGUGCUUGAUGAUUCCGAUUCAUUCAUCACGUCCGACGCGGGUGGCCCAAUCGAGGAUAAUCACAGCUUGAAGGCUGGCGAGAGAGGUCCGACACUUCUAGAGGACUUUAUCUUCAGGCAGAAGAUUCAACAUUUUGAUCACGAGAGGGUUCCGGAACGUGCUGUCCAUGCUCGCGGAGCAGGUGCUCAUGGAAUGUUCACUAGCUAUGGCAACUACAGUAACAUCACUGCAGCAUCUUUUCUUGCCCAGGCAGGAAAACAGACACCUGUGUUUGUUCGAUUCUCGACAGUAGCUGGUUCUAGAGGUAGUGCGGAUACUGCAAGAGAUGUUCAUGGGUUCGCUACUCGAUUCUAUACUGACGAGGGCAAUUUUGAUAUCGUCGGCAACAACAUUCCUGUCUUCUUCAUCCAAGAUGCUAUCCUCUUCCCUGAUCUGAUUCAUGCCGUCAAACCAAUGCCAGACAGAGAAAUCCCUCAAGCCGCAACAGCACACGAUUCUGCAUGGGACUUCUUCAGUCAGCAGCCAAGCUCUUUACACACACUAUUCUGGGCCAUGGCUGGCAAUGGCAUCCCUCGAUCAUUCAGGCAUAUGGAUGGAUUUGGCAUACACACUUUCCGUUUCGUGACCGACAGCGGUGAUUCGAAGCUCAUAAAAUGGUUUUGGAAGACCAAGCAAGGAAAAGCCAGCUUGGUGUGGGAAGAGGCGCAAGUUCUUGCGGGGAAGAAUGCGGAUUUCCAUCGUCAGGACUUGUGGGAUGCUAUUGCUUCUGGCAAUGGUCCCGAGUGGGAACUAGGCGUUCAAAUUGUUGAUGAGGCUGACGCUUUGUCAUUUGGAUUCGAUCUCUUGGAUCCGACGAAAAUAAUUCCCGAAGAACUCGUCCCUGUCACAUUGAUUGGGAAGAUGCAGCUUGAUACCAAUCCUACCAAUUAUUUCGCAGAAACAGAGCAAAUCAUGUUCCAACCGGGUCACAUUGUCCGUGGUAUCGAUUUUACAGAAGAUCCUUUGUUGCAAGGGCGCAUCUACUCUUACCUUGACACGCAACUGAAUCGUCAUGGUGGGCCCAAUUUCGAGCAACUCCCCAUCAACCGGCCCCAUGUCCCGAUCCACAACAACAACCGAGAUGGAGCUGCUCAAAAUUAUAUCCACCUGAACACCGCUGCUUACUCGCCCAACACGCUCAACAACGGCAAUCCCAAAGAAGCCAACCAAACAGUCGGAAACGGUUUCUUCACCACCCCGGGCCGCACCGUGAUGGGAAACCUCAUGCGUGCCACGUCUUCCACUUUCUCUGACGUCUGGUCCCAGCCUCGACUGUUUUUCAACUCCUUGAUUCCAGUUGAACAGCAAUUCCUCAUAAACGCAAUGCGUUUCGAAGUCUCGCAUAUCCAAUCCGCAAUUGUUAAGGCGAACGUUAUCAUUCAACUCAACCGUGUGUCAAACGAUCUCGCCAAACGAGUUGCCGAAGUGAUUGGAGUCGCCGCUCCAGCUCCUGAUCCAAUGUUCUAUAACAAUAAUAGCACCAAGUUUGUCACCAUCUUUGGCAACCCGUUGCUUACUAUCGCUACUUUAAACGUUGGUGUCUUAGCUAGCAUCAAAUCCUCCGACUCACUCUCACAAGCAGCUUCACUUGCGCAGAGCUUUCAGGGUGCCGGUGUGAAUGUUAUCGUUGUGGGUGAGAUCCUUCAAGCGGGUGUCAAUCAAACCUACAGCGCUGCAGACGCAACGGGCUUCGAUGGCAUCAUUGUGGCUUCCGGUGCAGAAUCUUUGUUUACGAAUGGGUCUUCGAGCACCUUCUUCCCAGCCGAUAGACCUUUGCAGAUCUUGACUGAUGGGUAUCGAUGGGGUAAACCAGUUGGUGCUUUGGGGAAUGCGAGCUCGGUGUUGAAGCUCGCUGGUGCCACAACUACGCCGGGUGUUUUCACGGGUGUUGAUGUCGGUUCAUUCGUCACUAGCUUUGAAGGAGGACUGAAGACCUUCAAGUUCAUUGAUAGGUUCCCUAUCGACAGCUAGGGGGAGGGUGGGGUAAUUAUGGUACUUUAUUACUAGUAGAACCUGAGACUAUUGUUUGCGCUACAAUGUUCUCUGUUUGUUUCCGUUCUUUCAGUUCUUUGCCAAGUCCGUCAGUAGAGGAAAGAUCGGGGUCCCGAAUCCAGUGACGGGGUCCC